CAUCACCACCAUUUCCAUCUAGCCAUCGACAUUAUGAUAAUCAUGAUAAUCGUCCCCAUGAUCGUGCACUUGUUCGUGCCAUGAAUUCAGAUUUACGGCCAGCCAAAGAUCAUCGUAGUGAUCCGGAAAAAACGUUAUUUAUUGGUCGUUUGAAUGGUACUACUGAUGAGAAUACAAUACGAAUGCAUUUCGAACGAUUUGGUGAUAUUCGAUCAUUGUUUUUGAUUCGUGAUGUAUUGACCGGUGAUUCACGUCGUUAUGCAUUCAUUGAAUUUCGUCGUGCAAAAGAUGCUGAUCGUGCAUAUGCUGAAGGACAUAAUACAUUGUUGGAUGGUCGUCGUAUAUUAGUUGAUCGUGAAUUAGGCCGUACAGAAAAGAAUUGGAAACCAAGACGAUUUGGUGGUGGUUUUGGUGGCCAAAAAGAAUCUGGUCAAAUGCGAUUUGGUGGCCGUUCAACAAUAGAACAUCGUGGAUUUAAUAAUAAUAAUAAUAGUAAUGAUCAUCGUAGUGGUAAUGAUCGUACAUUUCGUACACCAUUACAUCAUAGAUCGAUUGCUGCACCAUAUCCACAGCAAUCAUCAUCAUUCACAUCACGCCGAACAAAUGGUAUUGAUCGAUAUAAUCGUUAUGAUCAUCCAUUGGGAGCACCCAUGCAUUCAUCAUCAACAAGAUCAUAUAGUAAUGGCCAUACAUCAUCAUCAUCAUCAUCAUAUAGACAUCAUUCAACAUCGGAUCAUCAUAGUGGUGGUGGUGGUGGACCUAUUCGUAGUAAUACUGGCCGUCGUUAAUCAAUCAAUUAAUUAUUAAUUUGCAAUUAAUUAAUCUCAUUAUUUAUUAUUAGUUAGUUAUUAUAGUCAUCAGAUUAAUCAUACAUCAUCAUGAUCAAAAUUCAAAUUCAAAUU